AUGGUAAUUCAAUCACCAAUUUAUCUAGUUGCAAGUGGAGAUUCACGUUUAGCUGCUAAUCAAACAUGUUGGGAAGCACAAGAUAAUCUUGAAAAAGCUCUUAAUAAAACUUUUCAAUCAUUUAAUCAUACAAUAAAACGUGCACAUGAAUAUGAUGAAAUAAAAAAACAUGGUUUUAUUGAUAGUCAACGUAUGGGUAUGCAAGUAUUUGCUAAUUUACCAUCAGAUAAUGUACCAUUAAUUGUUGCUGAAGCUGUUUGGCAAUAUUCUCAUCAUGUUCUAGCUGGUUUAACAACACAUAAAGGUCCAAUAUUAACUGUAGCAAAUUGGAGUGGACAAUGGCCUGGUCUUGUUGGUAUGCUUAAUUUAAAUGGUUCAUUAACAAAAGCAAAUAUUAAAUAUAGUACAUUAUGGUCUAUUGAUUUUACUGAUGAAUUUUUUUUGAAUAAACUCAAAGAAUGGCUUGAGAAUGGUACAAUUGAACAUGAUAUAUCUCAUAUACGAUCAUUAAAACAAUGUAAACAAAUAUCGAGUGAAUACGAAGAAAUUGGAAAGAAAACUGCGGAAGAUUUAUUAAAAAAUAAAGCAAUUAUGGGUGUAUUUGAUGAAGGUUGUAUGGGAAUGUAUAAUGCUAUUGUACCUGAUGAACUCUUACAUAAAUUAGGUAUAUUUAAAGAACGUCUUAGUCAAUCAGCACUUUAUUAUGAAAUGCAAAAUACAAAAGAUGAAGAAGCUCGUGCUGUAUAUGCAUGGUUAAAACGAAAAGAAAUGACAUUUAUAAUUCCAGAAGAACAAAUUGAUUCUAAAGAUUUAACUGAUGAUCAAAUUCUUUGGCAAUGUAAAAUGUAUAUUGCUGCCGUACGUUUAGCAGAUGAUUUCGGUUGUGAUUUAAUUGGAAUACAAUAUCAACAAGGUUUAAAAGAUUUAGUACCAGCAUCAGAUCUUGCCGAAGGUUUACUUAAUAAUGUUGAUCGACCGCCUGUUAAAGAUCGUACAAAUGCAUAUGACCUUUAUCCAGAUGCAGCUCUACCACAUUUUAAUGAAGUUGAUGAAUGUGCUGGUAUUGAUGCAUUAAUUACAAAUCGUGUUUGGAAACAAUUAGGUUAUUCACCAGAAACAACAUUACAUGAUGUACGUUAUGGAGAAGAUUAUAAUGGAAUAUUUACAUGGGUUUUUGAAAUAUCUGGUGCUGUUCCACCUGAACAUUUAGUUGGUGGUUAUAAAGGUGCUAUUAGUGUACGUCAACCACCAAUGUAUUUUCAAAAAGGUGGUGGUACAAUUCGUGGUAUAUCAAAACCAGGCGAAGUUAUUUGGAGUCGUGUUUAUAUAGAGGAUAAUCGAUUGAAAGUCGAUAUUGGUCGUGCACAUGCUGUAGAAUUACCAAGUGAGGAAACUGAACGACGUUGGCGUGAUACAACACCACAAUGGCCGAUGAUGCAUGCACAAUUACUUGGUAUUACACGAGAUCAAAUGAUGGCUAAACAUAAAGCUAAUCAUGUACAAGUUGCAUAUGUACCUGAUGUUCAAGCUGCACAAAAAGCACUUGCUGUUAAAGCAGCUUGCUUUCAAGCAUUAGGUCUUGAAGUAAUUAUAUGUGGAACUGAAACUGGGCUUGAGUAA